GGAAUCCCUUUCUCAAUCAGCUGAGCAGCGGAACAGUGCACCUUAUGUUUCAGAUAUAAAAUGGACACCAACACAGAGGGUGCUCUACCACUUCACAUACAUACUCCAUUGGUUCACAGUCGUCCAAUGUCUUUAGCCAGUGGACUCCAAAUAUAUCUGAAAUGUGAAAACCUUCAACCGACUGACACUUUCAAAAUACGAGGAAUUGCCAAUUUAUGCAGCAAGGCUAAAUCCAAUGGCUGUACACGUGUCAUAUGCUCAUCAGGUGGUAAUGCAGGUGUUGCUGCAGCCUAUGCAGCAAGGAAACUUGGACUCAAUGCAAGUAUUAUUGUGCCAGAGUCUACACCACAGUUCACAGUGGAUAGGCUCAGAACAGAACUUGGUGCAACCGUUGAAGUCCAUGGAAAGGUGUGGAAUUUAUCAGAACAACAUGCGUUAAAGUUGGCAGAAGAACCAGGGUGUGCGUAUGUGCCACCGUUUGAACAUCCAGAUAUUUGGGCAGGUCAUGCUACCGUGAUUGAAGAAAUUGCUCAAGAUUUAAAAGAGAAACCGGAUGUGAUUAUUUUGUCUGUUGGUGGUGGCGGGUUACUUAAUGGUGUUGUACAGGGACUAAGACAAGUGGGAUGGGAUGAUGUUCCAGUGGUUGCCAUGGAAACAGUUGGUGCUGACUGUUUCAACCAAGCUGUGAAAUCUGGUCACCUAGUGACCCUUCCAGAUAUAACCAGUGUUGCCAAAUGUCUGGGUGCAUUAACAGUGAGCCAGACAUCUCUGGAUUAUCAUCGCAAGCAUCAGAUACAUUCUGUUGUAGUAGAAGAUAAGGAGGCUAUAUCUGCAUGUCUUCGUUUCCUAGAUGAUCAUCGUAUGAUGGUGGAACCUGCUUGCGGUGCAGCAUUGGCGGGUAUCUAUAGCAACGUGAUCCCAGAUUUACAGAAAGGUGGUAAAUUGAAAAAUGAUGUCCGGAAUAUUGUAAUUGUUGUUUGUGGUGGAAGUAAUGUCACUUUAAAACAGUUAGUAGAUUGGAAGGAACAGUUUGGACUUUAA